AUGAAACCUAUUUCAAUACCUAACACUCAUACUUAAGAAAAUGUGAAGUAAUCUGUGCAAGUUAAAAAGCCUGAUAAUUAACUAAUCCAGUCAUAACAGUUCCAAAAAAAAUCAAAUAAUAAUCUCAGUAACUCAAAAUAAAUGCAAUAAUCUCAAUAAUCUUAGUAAGUACCAGAUAUGGUUAAGAAAUUGAAGUCUGUCGUUAAGAUUUAAGCCAAAGUAAAAAGAAAGUACUUUACGCAAAUGGAAUUUUGGGAGACUCUUACUAGAAAGAAGAAAUAUAUAGCCAAUAGAGAGAGGAAAUAUUUAGAGUAUACUUAUAAAUGCAGUGGAGCUUUGUAUAAAGGAGAAUGGAAAGGAGGAUUUCGUGAUGGAUAUGGGAUAAUUAGAUGGCCAGAUGGAGCGCAGUAUGAUGGUGAAUGGUAAGAUAACAGAGCUCAUGGCUACGGAAAAUUUGUUCAUGCAAUCGGAGAUAUUUAUGAAGGAUAAUGGAAGAGAGACAAAGCCUGUGGAAAGGGAAUAUAUAACAGUGUAAACUCAGGAGGUACCUACAAUGGAGAAUGGCAGAAUGACUUGUAACAUGGAAGAGGACUUGAGACUUGGCUAGCAGGGGGAUCUUACGAUGGAGAGUUCGUUAUGGGAUAGAAGACAGGUCUUGGAAAGUAAAUUUGGCCAGAUGGUUCAGUUUUUGUAGGAUAUUGGGAAAAUGAUAUGAUUAAUGGAAUUGUAAAUAUAAGCUAUUAAAAGUUUUAGGGCAGAAACCAAUGGAAUGACAAAAGGCAGUAUGAAGGGGAAUUCUUGAAUAAUCUAAUGCAUGGAUUUGGAAAAUUCACAUUUAGUGAUGGCAAGACUUAUGAAGGGUUUUAUAUGAAUGAUAAAAAGCAUGGCUAUGGUAUUUUCACUUGGCUUAACGGUAUGAAAUAUGAGGGAUGGUGGUCUGAUGGAAAGUAAGAUGGCUAUGGAAUUUUGAUUGAUAAAACCAAGAAAUAAUUUGGACUAUGGAAGGAUGGCUAAAAGAUUAAAAAGUUCAAUGAGGAGGAAGCUAAGAUUGUGCUAAGGCAGCAUGAUAUUUGUGAGAGCUAAUAUAAAUUGUAAAACUAAAGGGAUCAUAUCAUUAAUGAUCAGUAAAUUAUAGAAAGGAUGACAUUUUACUCUCCAUCUCGGUUUCAAUCAAAAUAAAAGGAGGUAUAUAAGACUCUGGAUUAUAUAGAUAGCUAGUUUAAAUGUAUUUUCAUAGAAGAAUAAGAAUGA